UUCUUUCUCAUUCUUCUUCUCUUUCUUAUCAUCAUGAGUGAGUUGCGCACAUUAUGAGUGAGCUUAAAGAGCGUCAAUCCAAGUCUAAAGUCGUUCUCAGUUCCAAAUAACUUAACCUUAACGUAACUUGUUUUAUAACUCAAAGUGCUUUACUAACAUUCAAACUUCAACUAAACUCAACUUUUGUAAUAACAUGAAAAAAUGUCUAAUUUUUGUUUCUUUUUUACUUUAAGUAACUUUUUUCAUCUUUUAAUGGAUAAUUCAAUAUCCAAUUAAUGGUCAACACAAUCAAUGAUUAAAUUGAUUGGUUUGUCACAAUUAAUUGUCUUCCAAUAGUCGAUAUCUUUUUCAUUAUCAUUUAAACUCUAAUUUUUGGAUUAUCUUUUUGCUUUCAUUGUGUUCAAUCAAAUUGUGGAUUUUUGUGAAAAUUAUUAUUACAAUGGAUUAUUUAAUUGCUUCUAAAUUGUACACAAUUCUAGUUUUGUUGUUAACAAUUAAUGGUUACAACUGUACCUGUUACUUUCCCAUAGAGUAUCAAGGUACUUUUAUGAUGCAAACCCAAGCUUCAUCUUCAUCAUCAUCUUCUUCAAAUGAAGUCACAUAUUCGGAGAUUACCAUUGAAGCUGAUGCCAUAUCACCAUGGGGUUCAUGUCAUGAACGCAAUGGAUCCAAUGUUAUCCUAACUGACUCAACUGGACCAGAUACAAAUUGUAUGAGAUGUUUACAUUUAUCACUUAAAACUGGUAAUAUAUUACAAAUACAUGCUGAAGGAUUGGCUCGAUGUUACACUAAUGUUGAAGCUGCUAAGGCCACUUGUCCAACCGAUAAAACUCUGAAAGAGAAUAGAUCAACAUUAGAAUUAAUCUUAUUUCGUAAACAUAUUCCAGUAGAAAAUAUUGAAACAAUUGAAAAGGUUUUCUGUCCAAUUAAUGGUCGUUAUAAGUUGACUUAUACAACAAACAAUGGUCAAGACCAAUGUACUUCAAGUCCAUCCGAUAUAUCAAAUUGUCCAAAAGGGAAUGUCCUUUCAGCGCGUUUCCGUAAAUGCCAAUCAAUUCCUGAUCAAGAAAUACAAUUUCAAUGUUUGGGUGACUGGGAAAAUACUAACGGAGGAAGUGACAGAUUCAUCGCUCUAAUGGACCUUUCAUCGGAACCAAGAAAUAGACCAAAAUAUCGAUGUGGAAUGUUUCGGGAAAACUCAACCAACGGACAAAUUUAUGUCUCACUCUCAGCUGAUUCAACUUGCUCAACCAAUCUCGUUAAUGCAAGGAUUGGAUAUGAAACAUUAACAUUGACUCCAACAAUUGGUGAUAAAAUAAUGACUCGAUAUCCGAUUACUGAGAGCAUCAAAUGUCGAUUUCCUGAUUGGACUCAAGGAAAAUGGGAUCGAAGUCGAAUCGAUGGAAAUCAAUUCAAGUUUAAAGAUGUGGUCAACAACUACAGGACAUUAACAUCAAAAUGUAUAAUGAGACAAUCAAAUACACCAAAUGAUAGAUUCAUUGUUCACAGUUCAACUCAAUGCGGUGAAUCAUUUUACACUUGUGUUUGGAUGAAAAGACGAUCAGCUAAUACACUUGAGUUUCAAUUCGGUGCCAAAUCAAGUCCUAAUUUAUUGGCUCAUUUAUGUGAUGAUCAACAUUUUACAUCAAACAAUUGGAUAACCCAAGGACGUAAAAUCGUUACAAUUCAAACUCCUUGUCCAAUUACCGGUGAUUAUACAGGAAUCGUUCCCAAUGUAACUGGAUUAUGUGCAAAAGUAUCAUCUGAUUGUAAUAAUCCUGAUAUAAUGUAUCAUUCAGUUUCCAGUUGUGAAAAUGCAUCUCAUGUUUUUGAAGAGCGUGAAUAUCGGUGUUUAGGGAACUGGGAAGAAGACGGAAUCCUUUAUACAUUCACUCAACGCAGAGACGCAACUGGAUAUCAAUGCUUUGCUGGUAAAAUCUUGGGCAAUGGUGAAGUUGCUUACAUCAGAGAAGCUGGUGAAAAUUGUAUUCGAGCUGAACAUCCAUUAACUGUUGGAAUGAAAAUCACAAAGCAAGUGGCUUGUCAACGGAUCAUUACAACGACAAAAGCUCCUUGGCCUUUAAGGACUGAUAGGAUAUACCAAGUGCACAAAGCUCAGCCAUCAUUUCAACCAGCACUAAGAACUGUUUCGACUAAACCGAUAGCUCAACCUUUACCUCAUCAUAUUCCUCGUCCAAUUCAGUCCAUGUUGGGAUUCAAUGACAACAACCCUCAUUGGUACCAAUCUGAUCCUCCAGCUAAAAAGAUAUGGAAGCCUGCUUCAAUUACACCAUUUAAACAAUCAAAAAUGCACAGAAGUUCAGGAUCGUCCAUUAGUCCAAUAAUUUUGCUAACAAUCACCUUUACCUUCCUCAACUGUCUAUUGUGAUGGAAGGCUUAGCUAAAACAAAAUAUUUUUACAUUGUUGGUUUUUAAAUGUUUUGUUAUAACUUGCUAAAUUGCGUCAAUUAUCUUCGAGACUCCGAAUGAUUUGAAAUAAUUGCUUGAACACAAUAGAUAGUAAAUCGGAUCAUAAAUCAUCAUUCAACUAAAGGAGUGAAAAGGACCCACAAAAGAGCAUCUAGUCAAUAGUUGUAACAACUCUUCUAGACACAAAUGAGCCAAAUAUGCAAGUCUGUGAUUGUCAUCAAAAUCAUUGGUUAUUGCGAUGAAUGUACAAAUAAGAAACCUGAAUUUCUAUCUCAUCUAAUGUCCAGUCAAUUCUAUAAUCAUCAUGUCUUUAUCCUAGUCGGUCAAAGUAGUGGCUAACCAAAAGAUGGAAUAAUAUAAAUUGCCCAAAAAUUAUUCAGAAAACAAAGUGAUUAGAUAUUGUUAACUUCACUAUCCAUUGUAAAUGUACUAAACGAAAUUUUUGUCGAAGUUUAUGGACAAUUUAUCAAGUCUAUUCUGUAAAACUAAUUGUAAUUAUGUAAUUAAACAACAAAUAACAUUAUGUAUAAUGUUGAUUAUUU